AUGAACCCGUCGACGAACGAGAGCAUUGAAUCCACCGCUGCCCAACUACCGGAAGCCGUGGACAGCAUUGUCAUGGACGAAUCCAUGAAGCGUUGUCGCGCCAGCAAUGAAUCGUGUGAUGGCAGCGACACGCCACAGAAACGACACAUUAAGGAUGGAAGCGCAACUCCUCCCAUGACAUUGAUUGGCUUGGUGCAGGCACGAAGGUCUCCUCCAGGCAAUGAUCUUUCGGCGGCCACCACCUCGCUGUCACUGGAUUCUGCCACGUUUCGAAGGUUUUCACGCCGAAGCUCGCAUGUCAGCGACAUGACGGUGGCCAAAUCGAGAGCUUCCAAGCUGUUGAACUUGGCGUAUCAACAAGAGGGAGCCACUUCGGAAGAGGCACAAGCGUUGGGAUACGGCGCUUCGGAAGAGCCUCGGCCCACCAAGAGACGUCGUUACCAACGCCGCAACUCCUUUGUCGUCGCCGAAACGUCACGGUCGUCAGGACAGCAGUCGGGCUUUUCCUGGAGAGCCAUGGACUUUUUGUAUGGACGAUCUCAACCCGUUGCAGUAGCACAGCCAUCAGCAGCCUCAAUGGCAUCGGAUGAGGCUCUGCGAGAAUUGGGAAUGUCGCCGUCUCUCUUGCCCAGAGGGAGUCCUCCGACGGUUGCUUCUGUGGAUCAAGUAGCGUCAUGA